UGACCGGUUUGGCAGACGACUUCAGGGCUUUGUGAGAGCUGGCUUCAGCUGUAUCCGACUGGAGUGGAGCGAAGCUCUGCCCUGCUUGGAUAGAAGCUUCCAGAGAGGAAUCACGAACCGCUGUUGAACGUCCACAAGGCACCUGAAAGCACAGGGAAGGAGAGGAGUCUACCUCUGGCCAGAGGGCAUUGAAAACCAUGAUGGCCCUUAGACUGUGAAUCAAGGUUGAGAACAAGAAAUUAUUUCUGAAAAAGGAUAUGUAUGGAAUAGAAUCAUCCUGAUGGGAGAUAAUGGAAAGACUUACAAAAUACAGCAUUGAGUGUUCAAGUUUCAGAGGUGAUUGGGAAUAUAAAAGCCAGUUUGAGAGAAAACAGGGAUCUCAGGAAGGACAUUUCAGUCAUAUGAUUUUUACUCCUGAAGAAAUGCCCACUUUCAGUAACCAACAUCAGACCAUUCACACUGAUGAGAAACUCCUUGAAUGUAAGGAAUGUGGGAAGGAUUUUAGUUUUGUGUCAGUCCUUAUACGACAUCAGCGAAUUCACACUGGUGAAAAACCUUACGAGUGUAAAGAGUGUGGCAAGGCCUUUGGUAGUGGUGCUAACCUUGCAUAUCAUCAAAGAAUUCACACUGGUGAGAAGCCUUAUGAGUGUAAGGAAUGUGGGAAGGCCUUUGGUAGUGGCUCAAACCUUACUCAUCACCAGAGAAUUCAUACUGGUGAGAAACCAUAUGAAUGUAAGGAGUGUGGGAAAGCGUUUAGUUUUGGAUCAGGCCUUAUUCGACAUCAAAUAAUUCACAGUGGUGAAAAGCCUUAUGAGUGUAAAGAAUGUGGGAAGGCCUUUAGUUUCGAAUCAGCCCUUACUCGACAUCACAGAAUUCAUACAGGUGAGAAACCUUAUGAAUGUAAGGAUUGUGGGAAAGCCUUUGGCAGUGGUUCAAACCUUACUCAGCAUCAGAGGAUCCACACUGGGGAGAAGCCUUAUGAAUGUAAAGCAUGUGGAAUGGCAUUUAGUAGUGGUUCUGCACUCACACGGCAUCAGAGGAUUCAUACAGGUGAGAAACCAUACAUAUGUAAUGAAUGUGGGAAGGCCUUUAGUUUUGGAUCAGCCCUUACUCGACAUCAAAGAAUUCACACUGGUGAGAAACCUUAUGUAUGUAAGGAAUGUGGGAAGGCUUUUAACAGUGGCUCUGAUCUCACUCAACACCAGAGAAUUCACACUGGUGAGAAACCCUAUGAGUGUAAGGAAUGUGAGAAAGCCUUUAGAAGUGGUUCAAAACUUAUUCAGCAUCAAAGAAUGCACACGGGGGAGAAACCCUAUGAAUGUAAGGAAUGUGGCAAAGCCUUCAGUAGUGGUUCAGACCUUACUCAACAUCAGCGAAUUCAUACUGGUGAGAAACCAUACGAAUGCAAGGCAUGUGGGAAGGCUUUUGGUAGUGGCUCAAAACUUAUUCAACACCAGCUAAUUCAUACUGGCGAAAAACCCUAUGAAUGUAAAGAAUGUGGAAAGUCCUUUGGUAGUGGCUCAGCUCUUAAUCGACACCAGAGAAUACACACUGGUGAGAAACCUUAUGUAUGUAAGGAAUGUGGGAAGGCUUUUCGUAGUGGCUUCAGUCUUUGUCAACAUCAGAGAAUUCACUCUGGUGAGAAGCCUUAUAGAUAUAAGAAAUAUGGGAAGGCUUUGGGGAAGGGCUCAGAGUUCCAGCAACAUGAGAAAAGUCAUAAUGGUGAGAAGUUCUGUGAAUUAGGAAUUUUAUGAAUUGAAGGCUGGGGAUGUGGCUCAGUGGUGGAGCACUUACCAAGCAUGUGCGAAGUCCUGGCUUCAAUCCCCAGCACAAAAGAAAUUCUAUGAACUGAAACGAAGUGAUAAAGGAAGGAAAUUCAACACAUGACAAAAUUCAUACUGGUAAACAUCUCUACAAAUGUGUAAGCCACAGAUGCCUCACAUAUACUUCAUGGAUUAGUCAGCCUAAGAGAAUCAUAUGGGGGGGGAUAAUCACUGGAUAAAAUAAGUAUUUGAAGAUCUUUAUCUAUAUUCAUUCUUUAUAACUUACAAAAAAGUCAUACUUGUGAAUGUUAAAAAAAUUUUUAAACAUUGUAUUUUGCCAUUAUUUUAAAUGUUAAAUAAUUCACUUUUGGUUUAACCAUAUUACUUUAAAAACUAAAUGUGAUUAUGCUACAUAAUAGCCAACCUUUAAUAUUCUUUGUAAGUAUAUUGUUAAUACUUUAUUGUUUUUUUUAAGUAUUAACUUGUCUUUAUCAAACUCCUAGUUUGUCAAAUAUUGAAAUUUUUGCCAUUAUAAACAUUUACCUGGAUGAUUCCUUUUGAAUGUGUCUGCAUAUUUGUUUAUCAUUCAUUUCAGAGAUAAUGUGUGGAUCUCUUCUGCUUAUAAAAGAUUAUACACCUCUUUGUAUAAAGAGUUUUACUUCUCUUUGACCAUCAUUCCUGACCUCAGUUCUUCCCUGAUGUCAGUCAACUUAUUCACUUUUUUAUCUGUCCAUAUAUGAUAUACACAUAUUUGCUUAGAUGGGCAUGAUUAGAGUACUUCAGAGACUUGUUGUAUGGAUUCUGUAAUUGUGCCUAACACAUAAUAAAUAUUUGGUUAAUAUUAGCAAUAAUAAUUGUUACUAUCUUCUCAAGCAUCAUUAUUGUUUGUGUAAAAGCUUUUGACCAUGUACCAUACAUUAAGCAACAACAAAUACAUCAUAAUGGACAAAGAUGUUCAUGUAAAUUAAUACAGGAGAGUUUGAUCACCAUUUAUUCCUUUUUGAAUAAGAAUAAUUCACCCUGAAGAAAAAUAUGAGAUUGUAAAGUGUGAGAGGGCAAAUGUAACAAAAUCAAUACUAUGAUGGAAAUAAAAAUAAAACUAUGGUAGUCCCUCCAUAAAAAAUCUGAAUACUAAUCUGCAUCAUUCUUUAGAUUCAUCAAUUUUAGAAUAUGAAAGAGAUUAGGAGUAAAGACACUAAUCAUAAAAUCCAAGAAGUUGGAAAAAGAAUAACAAAAACUCGAAGGAUAAUGUAAAAGUAAAGAGAGAAUAAUGUAUAACAAAGAAAAAAAUAAAUAGAUUAAUAAUCACAACCUGCUUCUUUUGGGGAAAAAAACCAAGAAUAUAAUUGCAGAUAAUAUAAAAGUAUGC